GGUCCAGCAAUAGCACUUGUUACUGGUCCAUCCACAUUACAGCCGUCAACAACAUCAAGCAAUUCAAACAAACUCUAGACUGGUGUUAAAUUCAUAAUCAUUCUCAACACAAGAACGCUUCCCUUUAGCAAGUAAAUCUUUUCCAUUUCUUUUAAAAUCUGUGUUUUAAAUGCAAAUUUAUAGAAACGCGGAUGACACUGAUAUAGAAUACAACUUUUAACCUAAUGACCAAAAAAUAAAUAAUAGGAGUAUUGGAUAAAUACAACGAAGAUAUUUAAGCAUCCAUGGAAAAAAAUAAAAAAUUUUAACAAUAUUUUUUGUGUAUACCAGUAUUUGAAAUUCACACAGUUGACUAAUUCAGGUUCAUGUCAGGUAGACCCCUCAAGAGGUAAAACACUCUUUAUCUAAAGGUUCUCAAUUUGGAAAGCUUGAACACAAAAUCUCUAGCUAAGGUAAAAGGUUCCAGUAUCCUAUCACACAGAAUAUCAACUGUUAAUACUCUAGGAACGUCUAUCAAUGAGACAGAGAUGUUUUGAAAUAGACACAUAUUCGAUUACAAUAAAAUUAACAACAAUCCUCCCCCCUUUCCUUGUCACACAAAAACUUGGAUUCUAACAAAGUUCUUUGAUACAUCAUGCCAAACAUUUACAUUCCUCUCACAUACAUUAAAUUCUCAAUUACGGAAGAUCUCAUAUUCACUGCCAAUUGGACGGUCACUGUUCUCCGCUAAUCACUCUCCUCGCUCCUCUUUUGAUAGAUGUAAUCUUCCUCUCCAUCUCUCUGUAAUUUUUGCUCACUUUGCUUUUACAGCUUUGCUCUGUUUCCCGUACUCUUUUUUGUUUAAAGUAGUUUGGUUGGUGUAGUUUCUAAAAUAAUUGAUUGUUUAUUUAUAUAUAGGUGCUGAAUAUACUCCACUGUGCUUGCGGUGUGAAAUUGGCCUAAAGUUUCUUUAAAAUAUGAUAGUGACUGAAUUUUUUAGCUGUAUUGCUGUGUGAAUUUACUUUGUUUUUACAGUUUUACUCUGUUCACAGUAUUUUUGUUUUUGGGUUUAAAAUAGCUUAACCCUGUGAUUGUGUGAAAAUUGAUUUAAAUUUCUCUAAAAUGCCAUGGUGCCAAAUUUAAUCCAUUGACUUGCUCAAUUAAUCACUUAUUUUAUAGUUUUACUCUUUUUGUUCAAAGGUGCUUUGCUGGAUGGAGUUCCCAAAAAAAAAAAAAAAAAUUGAUCCUUGGAUGAAUAUUGCUGAGUUUAAUAAUAUGAUGCUACUGUGGUGUAAACUUUACCUAAAUUCUCUCUUUAAAUGCGAAAGAUAAUCAAAAUUGUCCAUCUUUGUUGGAUCGAAUUUUAUUACUUUGCUUCGUCUUUGGUAGUCGAAAGAGCAGGAAAUGAAUGUUCCUAGUUGCGGCUUUCCUACUAAGAGACCUCGGCCUAUAGAAGCGGGCACAGCAAGUGUGGUUGAUGUACAGGCGGUGGAUGAUCCUGUGUCAGUCCGGUUCACAUGGACUAUCAAGAAAUUUUCAAGGUUGAAGGUGAAGAAGUGGUACUCUGAUGUUUUUAAUGUAGGAGGAUAUAAAUGGAGGAUAUUGAUAUUCCCAAAAGGGAACACUGUAGACUGUUUAUCAAUCUACGCAAAGCUUGCCUUCCGGGUGGAGUAGAUAUGCUCAGUUUAGCUUAGCUGUUCACAAUCAACUUCAGAACAAGUUCACAGUGAGAAAAGGUCAGAGAUCUCACUUGUGUAUAAAAGAUAUGAAUUUUGUGCAUGAAUUAAUAAAAUGAGGGAACAUCUAUUGGUUUUCUAACAACUGCAUGUUUUAAGCCAUUUGAAUAAGGUUUUGUUGCGUUAGAUUUUUUCUGUUUUUCGUCAUAGGCCAUUGGAUUGACUUAAAAAGAGUGGCUUUUCAGCGGAAAUAGCUUUUAAGGCAAAAAACAAAAAGUUGGGGUUGCCCGAUAUAUUACUUUUGGCUUGUUUUAAGCAGUUUUAAAUUUAUGUUAAGCACUUUUUAACUUUGCCAAAUACCAAGAAAAACUAAAAAGAACUUAAAACCUGAUUUUACCAGCUUAAAAGCGAAUCCAAACACCCUCGUAGUCAGCUGUGGAGAGUAAUCAUCAAACUUUAGACUUUUCUGGAUAGCUUAUUUCAGGAAGUAUUCUGUGCGUAUGUUUGAUUUUUCUUUCAUCCGUAAGGAACUAAUUAAUAAAUGAACUUCCACCCAUGUAUUAUCGUUUUGAGAUUUGACUGUUAAUAAUAAAACACGCCAUCUAGGUUUUCAUUGGGCUGUUGAUUUUCAUUAGUGCUCCAACAAUGAUGUGGAUUCAUAAAUGUUUUAUUGCUCAAUUCUUCUGCCAACAUGCUUCAACAUUGUGAUGCUAAUUCUCCAUGAGUUCCUUUUGCUUGUUUUGCUGAAAGCCAUAUUGGGAUCACCUUUAUCAUUAUUUUUUAACCUGUAGUAUUGUCUAAAAGGCCUCUUUAAUACUGGUAUGUCUAAUUGAUUCUGGAAAGAUCUGUCCAUUAAAUUGAAUCUUGUCGGCCUGUACGAGUCA